AUGGACGAACGACCGACAAAGAAACGUAAAGUCCGAAAGGGAACACGAAGUUGCUGGCAGUGCAGGAAGAGAAAGAUCCGCUGCGAAUUCUCCUCCAACGAAGAAGAAACCUGCAAUGGCUGCCAGGCUCGCGGUGCCGCCUGCGUGAGCCAGGAGUUCACCGACGAUGAGCCGUCUGGCCCGCCUGAGCGCGGCCUUGCUCAGCGUCUUGGACGGUUGGAAGAGUUGAUGGUGAAGCUUGCCGACAAAAUGGGCCCAGAGCCUUCAUCGGUCAACAAAUCGACCCCGCCAACACCGUCGGUCGAGGGUUCCCUUCGUGUUUCCGAUUCAAAUGUCACCCCGGAUGACUCGUCCUGGCAGUCCGUGAGUGGGACCACCGCCGUCUCCGCCCCGAUUCCCGGCCGCCCCCUAUCCCAAUCCGCACUGAAUCCGCCUGCGGCGGAGCGUCCUCGUGCUGGCAGCAAGUACGAUAAGAUAUGCCGCGACAUUCACUCCGUGUUCCCAUCUCUUCAGGAUGCCCAGACCAUCGUCCAGUCAAGCAGAGGCCCAAUCUUCGUAUUAAUCAUCUUUUACUCGUACCAAGAUAUUCUCGAGGGCAAAUCCCAGCCGACUUCUUCUCUCACUGCCAUGCCAGAUGUCACCAAGCACCCGGCUAUCUUGGCAAAGCAUUUGCUUCAGUUGACCAUUUGUCUGCAGCAGAUGCCGCCGUGCUUCGACGUUUCUCAACUCGAGGCUUGCCUGAAGUGCUCCAUCCAUGAAAAGAUGGCAGAGUGGACAGCAGCCGCCAGCGCCGUCACUUCCAACGACGAGUUGGUGGGUUCUGCAGAGGGCUUGGAGUGUCUGAUUCUCGAAGGGUUCUACCUCGUCAACUCUGGCAACCUCCGCAAAGCAUGGCUCGCCAUGAGAAGAGCUCUUAGCUUAGCGCAACUGAUGGGCAUCGAGCGCGAUGGCUCGCGGCCGUUGAAGUCGUGUGAUCCCUCAACCGACCCUUCUACGAUGCCUUCUUCUCAUGCGCUGUGGUCCCGUAUCAAUUCCUGCGAUCGAUACUUAUCCCUACUCCUUGGUCUCUCUGCCGGCACGCAGGAUAACAGCUUCAUGUCGGAAACCUUCCUGGUCCGUGACACGCCGAUGGAGAAACUGGAAAAGAGAUAUACGGCCAUCUCGCUCCGAAUCAUUGAGAGAAAUCGCACUGCAGCGACAGAAGCCUUUGCCAUCACUCAAUCUGUAGACUGUGAGCUCGAGCACGCGGCAAAGUCCAUGGGACGCAGCUGGUGGGAGAUCCCGCCCGUGCCCGACUACACCGACACCACUGGCCAGAUGAGCAUCAUGUCGCACCUGAUGCUCCAGAUCCACCACCAUAGUUUGCUCAUCUUGUUACACCUCCCAUACAUGCUUCGCAACCAGACAAACACCCGGUUCGACUACAGCAAGAAUACGUGUUUAGAGUCUAGUAGGGCCGUCCUGAGACGAUGCGUCAUCUUCCGCACCGCCAACAACGCAGCAUUCUCAUGCCGCCAUAUUGACUAUUCGUCGCUCAUGGCCGCCAUGACGCUUCUUCUCGGUCACCUCAGUCGUCCUCCUGGCAUUCGUGAAGAGGACUGGGCGAGACAACGGAGCGAGGACCGGACCUUGGCUGAAACUGUCCUGGCCAAAAUGGAGGAACUAGCUGUGCUGAACGACGACAAGCUAUCCGGCGAGAGUGCAGAGAUUAUCAAACAGCUGCUCCCCAUUGUCGACUGCUGCAACGGGGUAACUCCACGCCAUUGCCCCGAAUCAGAGGUGAAGAAUCUUCAGUUGAGCAUCCCUUAUCUCGGAAUCAUCAAUAUCAAAACCACCGCAAAUCAGACAGCCGAAUCGCACUUGCUGGAUCUUAGUCACUCACAGCUGCCCACACCAGCAAACACAACGACUGUGGCAUCGGAAUCUCUCCAGCAAGACACUCCUCCAGCAGUGUCCUUGGAAGCACUCCUCGGUCAGGACAACACCAUCCCCCACGAGGACGUGUGUGCGGGCUUCAGCGCCGAUUACCUCGGAUGGCCAUGCCCUGGAAUCACAGCAGAGGCUGGAGAUUGGGCGUUUCAAGGCGUAGAUACAACUUAUUGGUCCCUUCUGAACAGCGGCAUGUCAGGUGACUUUUCUCAGUGA